AUGGCGGUGGCUGAGACACAGCUCUAUGCAAAGGUGUCCAACAAGCACAGGAGCAAAAGCACCUCUGCCCUCCUCGAGUCCCUCCUCGCCAAAGGAUUCCCGGCUCAUACCGCGCAAAAAGCUUUGGUUGCUACUGGACAAAAGACAAUAGAAGAUGCAGCAAAAUGGUUGCAUUCCCACUGCAACGAUCCCUCUCUGGAUGACCCAAUCCCCCAGGAAUAUGCCCUUUACCUGUGUCCCACUGGCCGCCUGCUCGACCGCCUGCAAGAGUUUUGGAAGGAGAGCAAGCGCCAGUGCGGGAAGAACAGAGCCCACGAGGUUUUCCCACACAUCACCCUCUGUGAUUUCUUCACGUGUGAAGACCAGAAAGUGGAAUUAUUGUAUGACACCCUAAAACGGGUCGGUGACAGCUUUUCCCAGUGCUUUCCACCAUCUAUUUCCCUAACACUACAUGCAUCCCCCAGCUACCUUGGCUUCUUCAUUGAUGACACCCAUGCCAACGUCCUCAAAGACUUUGCUCUGGCAUUCUCAUCAGAGGCUUCGGCCCUGGCAGACUGCCAUGUGAAGCCCUCUCUGAAGCAGUUCCACCUUACCCUCGCUCACAAGUUUUAUCCUCACCAUCAGAAGACUUUGGAACAACUGGCCAAAUGCAUUAACCCCGGGGAGCCCUGCCAGUGGGUGGCUGCUCUCUACUCACGGGACAUGCGUUUUGUGCAUUACCAGAGGCUGAGGGCCCUGUUCCAGUACAAGCCCCAGAACAUUGAUGAGCUCAUGAUCAACGCUGGGGAUUUCAUCUACGUUGACCCGACGCACCAGUGCGACGUGAGCGAGGGCUGGGUGGUCGGGACCUCGCACCGCACCGGCUGCAGGGGUUUCCUUCCAGAAAACUACACUGAGAAAGCCCACGAGUCAGACACGUGGGUUAAGCACAGGGAAUAUGUUUUUGGGACAGCUUCAAGAUCCUUCACCCAAACUGAAAGGGAAUCUAAUGUAAAGCCGAAUGGAGAAGCCCAUAAUCCAAGUAUGUCAAGGAGUGGAACCAGUGUAGUUUCUAUUCAGCUGCCUCAGAACGGCCCCCUGCGCAGAGCGGUGCUGGUGAUGCGCCACGGGGAAAGAGUUGACCAGGUCUUUGGCAAAUCUUGGCUUCAACAGUGCCUGACUGCAGAUGGAAAAUACUACAGAGCGGAUCUGAACUUCCCCUCUGCCCUGCCAAAGAGGAAAGACAGCAUGAAGCAGUUUGAAUAUGAUCCUCCUUUAUCUUGCUGUGGUAUUUUCCAGUCAAGGCUUAUAGGGGAAGCUCUGCUGGACCAGGAGGUGAUGGUGAGCUACGUGUACUCGUCCCCUGCCCUCCGCUGUGUACAGACAGCUCAACACGUGCUGCAGGGGCUUAAAUUAAAUCAAAAAGUCAAAAUCAGGGUGGAACCAGGUCUGUUUGAAUGGACCAAGUGGGAAGCAAGCAAAGUAAUCCCUAACUUCAUGACUGUGGCAGAACUGGCAGAGGCAUCUUACAACAUAGACACAAGUUACAGGGGUAACUUCCCACUCUCUUCUCUGGUGCCGUCGGAAAGUUAUGAAGACUAUUUAAGCCGAAGCUCUGUGGUUAUGAAACAGAUCAUCACUGCCUGCCCCAGCAAAGGUGAAGGAUCUUCCCUGGCAUCUUUCACCCGGCCUCUGAUGGGGCUCCCCAGCAGAGACAGCAGUGACUUUGCCCAGAUGGUACGGAAGAUCCCUUCCCUGGGCAUGUGUUACUGUGAAGAACUGAAAGAGGAGAACAAGUGGCAGAUGGUCAACCCACCAGUGAAGACCUUAACUCACGGAGCAAAUGCAGCAUUUAACUGGAGAAAUACUAUCCUGGAAGACUAAAGAGUCAGCUCUGCCUUUGCAGUUGUCAAAAAUGAGCCAAAGGCAGGUUAUGG